UGGGCAUCACUCUUGUGUUUCGCAACCAACCAACUCUUUUUCCUCCUAGAGACACAAGGAAAGCCAAAGAAGGGAAAAUCACAGCCAUUUUUUUUUAGGGGGGACUUUGGACACUCUCAAAUGGGUACUUUGGUUGGUCAUGUUGCUCCUGGCCUUGGCUUCUUGCUCAUUGGCCUAUGGCACCUCUUCAACCACAUCAAGCUCCAUGCCCUUCACCCAAGCUCCUACAAGUCCCCUCCAUGGUUCCCCACCUCGAGAUUGAGGUACUUGGAGCUCCUCGCGAUCAUGGCCGGUUGCUCGAUGUCCGUGGCGAUGGAGCUCUUCAUCAGCCCUCGAGGUCACCAGCCCUUCGAUCCGGACAGCACCAUCCCGUCGAACCAUCUCCACAACUUCGAGCAUGCGGAGAUCUCCCUCACCUUCUUCGUCUACGCGGGCUUCGCGAUCCUCCUCGAUCGGGCCCGGAUCGGUCUCGAAGCUAGGCAUGGCCUCACGCAGUUGCUGGCUGCAAUGGCUUUUGGCCAGCAGCUUCUCCUUUUCCACCUCCACUCAGCUGACCACAUGGGUGUGGAAGGCCAAUACCACUUGCUCCUUCAAAUUGUGAUACUCGUUUCUCUUCUCACCACUCUAAUAGGAAUUGGUCUCCCGAAUAGUUUCUUGGUGAGCUUUGUGAGGUCAACCAGCAUUUUCUUCCAAGGUGCUUGGCUCAUUGCCAUGGGAUUCAUGCUCUGGACACCGAAGCUUAUGCCUAAAGGUUGUUUUAUGAACUUGGAAGAAGGUCACCGGGUGGUCCGGUGCCAAACUGAGGAGGCUCUUCACCGGGCUAAAUCCCUUGUGAAUAUCGAGUUUAGCUGGUUCCUGAUUUGGAUAUCGAUCUUUGCGGUCUCUCUUUACUUGGUUAUGGUGAGAAUGUACGCCGGCGGCAGUGUCGAUUACCGGUCGCUUAUUGAGGCGGAUGAACUCGACGAGGACAGUGACGAUGUUGAGUCGCAGAGAAGAGGCGGACUUAUCGAUGAGCAAAAUGGUUUCGUUCGUGUGGUGAAGUCCUAUGAACCUAUCAGCACGGGAAGGUAGAGCAAGGACUGGUAAACCAUUGGUGGUUAAUUGUUUGUACAAAUUAGGUUGAUAGGAUCCCCCCAAAGACGCCUAAAUUUGCCGCUUAGCGUUGCGUUGGCUUAAUGAGGGCAAUGACUUUGGGAACAAGUGUGUGCUGGUAGGGGGAAAUGCUUACUUUAAUUUAUCCAUUUGGCUGGAACCAAUCACUUCAC